AUGGGGGAAAAGCCGAAUCGAAUAGGUAGGGCUAAUAUCAGCUAUAUUAAUCAUGAUCACAUUUUUCUUCCAUCUUUUCAGCCCUCGUACCCGUCACGCCAACUUCACCCUCUGAUAUCCAGUCAAAAUAAAGUUCACUCGUCAAUCGUGCACCUCCCAAAAGUCGCAUCACCAAGUUCACCAGAAACACAGCAGCACAGUCAAGCACCAUUAUUCAUCACACACAUCAUGUCAGGACUCCCCCAGGCCCUGGCGAGCGGCUUUGCUGCACGUGUCCGAGAAGGUGGCACCACGCUAUACAUCAACACAACGCCCAUGUUGCGAUCGGCGCGUCACAACACGGCGGUCAACUACGCCGAGUUUGAGGAGGACUUUGAUGCCAACGACUUUGAGGACGACGACGACGACGAUCAGUCGCAGAGGGAAUCACGUGACGGAUCAGAGGAGGCGGAAGGCGACGAGGAUGGAACCAAGAAGGAGGAGCAGGACAAGUUUGCCGGACUCAAGGCUCCUCUGGUGUCCAACGAGCCCAAGCGAGCUGCUCCUCCCGUGCGGCCGGUCAUGUACCCUCAGGAGGUUCUCGAAGAGCUGUCACAGGUCAAGGAGCCUACCCUGAUUCCAAUUCGCGUGGCGGUCGAGAAUAUUGAUGUGUUCCGAGUGCAGGACUUCUUUCUGUGGGACGCCGACGAGAAGAUUCUCACUCCCGAGCAGUUUGCAACCCUGACGUGUGCAGAUCUCGACGUUCCCAUUGGAUACUCGGCCCAGAUGUCAGCCCAGAUCAAGAAGCAGCUUGCUGAAUACACAGCCGCCCCCGCUCUGCCCAAAGACGUUGAAGUGCAUGUCAUUGUGGAGUUGGCGGUCACCGUGGACAAGAUUGUCUACGAAGAUAAAUUCGAGUGGGACCUGAGCGGCGAGUACGCGACUCCUCAGGAGUUUGCACGAACCGUGGUCCAGGAUCUCGGUCUGGGUCAGGAGUUCUACCCAGCCAUCACCUACCAGCUAUACGAGACUCUGGGCAAACUACAAAAGGCUUGGUUGGAGCGAAGUAUUCCUCUGGACGUCGACAACCGGGCCGCUUUUGGCCUUGAGGCUGGCCUUCGUGUCGACCAGGACAAUCUGGGAGAGUCGUGGGUUCCCAGAGUGGAGGAGAUGACGCCCGAGGAGAUGCAAAAGCGAGAGAUGGAGCGAGACCGAUCGUCGCGACGUCUCAAGCGAGAAAGCGCACGAAUGGCCGAGGUGCCUUAUGUCGAUCUCGACAGCUUGUAUUCUAGAAAGCGACGACGACGAUUUGAUGAGGACAGCAGGAGCGGCAGUCCCAUGUGGUAG